AUGGCCACCGCGUUGCAACAGCAGUUGGCGCAAAUCGCCAAAAAGUCGACCGACCAACUCGAUCUCAAAGCGCAGCGCGCGCAGCACAGCAAGUCGUUGCUGUUCGACGCAAGAGUCGCCGCCAACCAGACCUUUGAGACCAUCUACCAAAUAUGCGCCGAAGCCUUCCACGAGCUAUGCAUGCUCGACGCCCGCUUUGCGCCCUUUGCCGCCAAUCUUUUCAGCGAACAGUCAAAGUCCGAGGAGCGCAUCAACCUGACCAAGAAGGAGAAUGAGGACCUGGACCAGAUCAUCGACAGCUUCUUGGGCCUCGUCAGCUCCAGGCUGCUGCUACGGCCGGGUCUCAAGGCCGUCGAGUGGCUGGUCCGCCGUUUCCGCGUGCACGAGUACAACACCGAGUCCCUCGUACUCACCUUCCUCCCCUACCACGCAAAUCCCGUCUUCCCCACCGUGCUGUCUAUACUUCCCAAGACGCUUCCUCCGACCCUGAAAUUCUUGCAACCAUACGUUUCCAGCCUGUCGUGUCCUCCCAGUCAAGCUCUGAUAUAUGCCGCCAUCAACAACCCCUCGUUCUUUACUGCCUUCAACACCUAUGUCGUCCGCACUUCCAACCUGGGCCACCACUCUGUCAUGCUCCUGCAGUUCUGGGCCGGUGUCAUGACCCCGACCAUAAACGGUAUGCUUGACGCUGCCAUGUCGGGCCGCGCCGAUGUACGCAGCCAACGUCAGGAGGACCUGUUGCUUCGUGUCGUUCCUGUGCUCCAGCAAACGCUACGCAUCAAGAACGUCCCCGAGCUUUUCCUAGGCGCCUGCAUGAUCAUCUGUGUUCUUGUUUCCAAAACCCAGCUCGAUGACAAAGUCCUGGAUAGUCUCAUGGACGCAGUAUCUCGAGGCUGGACUUCACAGACUCUGGACCAAGGCCUAUCAACCGUCGCCAUCAUUGCCGAAGAGCGUCAAUCAUUGAAACUUACGCGUCCAGUCACAAGAGCUCUUCUGAAGCUUCCUGCCCUAGAUACUCGUAUACUCGACUUGCAGACAAAACAACACACUGGAAGACUCCUUACCGGUCUAGCCAUGACUUCGCUCGACGAGACUUCGAGCCCCGAGGCCUUCGAUUUGAUCGAGAGCGCCGUCAUUUCGCACAUCCCUACUCUACCUCAAAAAGCUGCCAUCGUCCGUCUCUUGUUUUCUGCUGUUUCAGAUCUCCAGACAGCAUCGGAAGCUGCUGAUUCUCAGGAGCGUCUUGCCCGCAUCUUCUCUGCUCUUUGCCAGUCACCUUCCACAUUGCCACUAGUACAAGGCGAGGCUGCUCGGCUCAACCUAAGCCUCGAGUCUGUUGAGGUUCAGCUACAGAUCUCGUUAGCCCCGAGCGAGACACUGGCUUUACCAUCUGCUGACGCUGAUACUGAGAUGAUCGAUGGACCUGUUUCUACCCCAAUGGACCAGCUAGACGAAGCCAUUUCCUCAUUGCCUCAGGAAUUACCCAAGGCUUACUCCUUUGUUUCAAACGUCGAGAAUUCUCCAUUCGACGCCUUUGCUCGUGCUUUCCUGAUUCUGCUUCAGCAGAACAAAGAUCUGGACCAGCUCCUCGGCAAACCAGCACUCCGUGGUGCAGAAGUCUUGUCCUCGCCAACAUACUUGUCAUUCUUAGCGAGACUCUGGACAAGUGUUAAUCCUAUUGUCGCGCGUGUCUCUGCUCUCCGCUCGGCUACUGCACUCCUUCAAGCCCAAUCUUCGGAAGUCAUUGAUAUGCAGGCGUUGACCCCGUUCGUGCUCGUAGCUCUGGCAGAUGCUUCGGAGGCCGUGCGCAAGGCAGCUGCUGGCUUGCUUAUUGCCAUCACCACUCUCUACCAUCCCGACCCAGCAAAGGGCAGAGUUAAUGAAUCCAUAAAAUCAUGGGCAGCUCAGAACAUCUAUGCAGCGGCUUCUAACAAGUCGUCUUUGUCUGGUCCUAAUGCUUACAAGAUUCUCUCCGAUGCGCUCGUACCUAGUCUGGAAGAAUAUAUUCUGGACCCGAGCCAGAUUGCACGCGUGCUGGCUAGCGCACUCAAUGGUCCGGCUCAAACGCAGCCUGGACACCCGUCUACUGCUUCUGUGGAACUGAAAUCAACCUUGAGGACAUCUUUUGCAUCAUAUCUCUGUGAGCACGCUGCCGCGGUGCCCUUGGUCGCUGUCAAAGUCCAACUUCUCUCGUUCUUAAGUCCUGUUGGUAAGGCUGCUUCUACAGGCCGUGUGCAAUCUCUGGUCCCAUCUCUUCAAUGCUGGAUCCAAUCCGAUUUACAGCUCCGAUCCGCUUCGUGUGCCUCUUCUCGUGUUGAUGUAUCAAGUGUUGAUAGAGCUUACGUUGGCUGUUUGACAAGUCGAACAUCGGAGGAGUUGACAUGUCUUAGAACACUCGCGAAUGGAGAACUGGGACAAAGCGCUUCCUUGUCCACUCUAGCGAUUCAGAGGUUUAGAGCUCUAUGGCCAAGCAUGAAGCCGAUCGCACAGACAUCCGCCUCGACUUUCCUCCUCGACCUCGCACUGGACGACCAACUGGACGACAUCUCUGAAGCUAGACAAUCCGAGGCUACCGAUCUUCUCCGCCAGGUCUCAUUGCCAACCGAAGUCCUUUUGUCCUUGUUGGAAUCAGUGCCUAGCAUUGCACAGAUGGAAGACAAGCCCCCGGCUACAAAGCGUAGAAGAACUAGCAGGUCCGAGUUGGCGAAAUCACAAAGCAUCAAUGUUGCAGAUUUGCACACCGUCAUUCGCAGACUAACUCUUGUGCUGGAGUUGAUCGAGGGCUCUCGUCCCGAAAGACACCCAGAACUGCUCAAGAGCCUUUUCCACGUCCUGAGUGAGCUCCAGCACUACAGGACUCAACUUGGCUCAAACCUGGUUUAUCUGCAGCAAUUGGUCAUUGGCUGUCUCUUCUCAAUCGUUGACUCGCUGAAACAGAACCCUGCCGUCAAGGUCGACCGCUCCGUGUUGAGGGCAGACCUUAUCGUUGAAUGUGUGCGCACCAGCACCAAUGCUCAGAUCCAUAACGCUGCCUUGUUACUGAUUUCGAGUCUGGCGAGCUGGGCCCCCGACUUAGUGUUGCACAGUGUGAUGCCGAUCUUUACGUUCAUGAGCAAUACCUUGCUGCGACAAAGCGAUGACUACUCAGCUCAUGUUAUCGAUCAGACUGUAUCUCGGGUUGUUCCUCCUCUUGUCGCUUCCCUUCGCAAGAAGAACCAAGACCUUGUAACAGGAGCUGCCGAGCUCUUGCUCAGCUUCACGGCCGCUUUCGAGCACAUCCCCCUUCAUCGUCGCUUGCGUCUCUUCAGCCAUCUUGUCAAUGCUCUGGGUCCUCAAGAUUUCCUACCUGCUAUCACUGCGAUGCUCUUCGACAAGUACCCGACAGACAAAAGGGUACCCACCUUCUCUGCCGAGCUCAUGGGAUCCUUCUCUCCGGAAGUUCAGCUCAUCGCUGCAUCUCAGUACAUUGAUCUGGUCAUUGAUGCUCUGCAGCCCAAGUCAGUUGUGUCCGAAGCAAUCUUCGGAUUCAAUGACAAGACCCCAGAGCAGAUCGAGCAAUCAGUGGCGCACCUAUUGCGUUCUCUGGGACUUCUUUUGCAACAACGCUCUCUUCACGUGCAAAUUCUCAAGGCUCUCGAUAAGGACGAAAGUGCACAUGGUGGCCUCCAGUCUGCUGCCGCCGAUAUCUUGCAAAAGAUCAUGCAGUUCUCUUCUUCCAAAUCCAUUCACAACAAGCCUGAUCUGCAGUCUGCUUCUAACGAUGUGCUGACAGCAGCCUUGAGCCUUCUGCCAACACCUUAUUUCGUUCGUACUGCUGAGGAGCUCCUGCAGAGAUCUGAACAAGAUCUUAGGCUCAUGGUCUUACGUUCGCUCGAGAAGCGUGGUCGUGAAGCCAAGCUCGCUGAUGCUACAGCAGCAAAUGCUAUGUUAUCUGUCUUGCCAAGCGUAACUGGUAUUAUUAGUCAGGUGGGCUCCAUCGAGCUGGUGCACAGCGCCGUCACAUGCAUUGACGUGAUCACCGAGAAGUUUGGCAAGAAGGAUACCGACAAGGUCAUGUCUGCUGCUCGUGUGGUAGCCUCUAAGCACGCAUUGGGCAGCCAGAACGAUGAACUUCGCAUCAUCUCUCUGCUCUGCCUCGCUACCAUGGUUGAGGUUCUGAGAGACGACCUCGUCGACAUUCUGCCACAAAUUUUGACCACUUCGUAUGCCUACUUCGACUAUGCCACCAAGACCGAGUCUGGAAAUGCUCGCCUGCACAAUGCUGUGUACUCUUUCUUGACAAACGUAAUCGAGUACAUCUCCUGGAUGUUCUCUGCUGAGACUCUGGAUCAAGCUUUGUUGCUCACACAACAAUCGGCUUGUAGCGAAGCCACAGACAUCCAGACCUCGGGCAGUCGUCCACAGUUCACUAGCUUACUCUCUCAAAAACUUGACGCCAGGACUAUACUGGCAGCUUUGGAGCGUACCUUUGACAAUGCUGUCACACUUGGCCACCAAGCUUGCCAAGAGAUCCUCACUACUCUUCACACGGUGAUCAAGACGCAUCCUAAAUCGGCUCUAAUCAAGAACGCCUCGAUAUUGUUCUCGAUUCUCAACAAGUCCUUUGAUCUCCGUCGCCUGCUUUCCCAACAGCCGACGGCACCUGACAGUGACCAGCUUGCAGCGAUGGAAGCACAGAGAGAUGGGUUGGCCCUGGAUGCCAUCAUGAGACUGAAUGACACAACGUUUAGGCCAUUCUUCACUCGUCUCGUAUCGUGGGCAGGUGAAGGUCUACCCAAGAAGGAACAAGCUGGUCGAACCCUUCGUCUGAUCAGUGUCUAUGGGUUCCUAGCUAGGUUUUUCGAGACCCUGAAGGUGAGUUUCUUGUAUAGCAUGAUUUUAAGAGCAAACGCUGACCUGAUGUCUAGNUCUAUCGUUACUGGAUACUCUGGUUACAUUCUGGAACAAGCCGCGUCUAUCCUUCAGCAUGUCAAGCCACAGGGAGAGUCUGAACAGCUUCUCUUGAAGGCUCUCCUCCAGACACUUGUUGCCAGCUUCAGCAACGAUCAAGACGACUUCUGGCAAGCCCCGGCGCACUUCGACGCUAUAAUGCAGCCUCUCCUGGACCAGGUGACUUUCGCCAACGAGCCCGAAGUCAGAGAUUCGCUUGAGAUUGUCUCUGCCGUCACUGGGCUGGCGGGGGCCGCAGCGUCACCCGAACAUCACAAAACGCUCAACUCGGCCAUUCUCAGGCUCAUGAGACACGACAAUGAACUGACCAGAUUGGCGGCAGUCAAGUGCGAGCAGUCUUUGACCGAGAAGCUUGGAGAAGACUGGCUCGCUCUUCUACCCGAGAUGUUGCCAUUCAUCAGUGAGUUGCAAGAGGAUGAUGACGAGGAUGUUGAAAGGGAGACGACAGCCUGGAUCCGCCAAAUUGAAGGCAUUCUGGGUGAGAGUCUUGAGGGCAUGUUGCAGUAA